UAUGAGCAUCCUCAAAAGGUGGUGGUAAGACAUUCAAAAUAUCAGAGGUGUAGCUGUCACAUUAUCCCAAAGGAUGCAACUACGAAGGUAACUGAACUUUGGGAAUCAACAACAGGAGACGAGAGAGGAGGAGUGGUAGGGGAGAGUGCUGUACUUGUCUGCUAGUCUAGGUGGAGGAAAUUCAAAAGGUGUUUGAAAAGAGAAAUCAUGGUAUGUGUGUGACAAGUCAAAGAUGUCAUCUCAUCACAAGAAGGAGCACAUCCCAAAACAUGAUUUUGUGGAAAACCACAAUGCAGCAGCAGGCCCUGAUGAUGUCAUAUGUGACACACGUGACAUUGACAUCAGUCUAGAAAGUGGAAAUAACGAAUCUGUUCCCAGUGGGUCGGAUCCAGGCAGUCCCAUGGAGGUGGCGAGUCGUGCAGAGACGAAUGCCGGUGCCUGUGCCAAACUGAGCUAUACCUCCCUACUGCAUGGUGUGGCUGUUCUCAUGUUGGCUGCGGCUGUUGCCAUGGCAGUUCUCUAUGUGUUGAAAGACCAGUCAUACAGACAGACUCACAACCUACUGGAAGAGCAGCUGCAAAUCAUUGAUGGUCUCUCCAAAGAGGUCACAGCCCUGCAUUGUGAAAUGAAAAAAAUGGAAGAUGGUUGGACAAACUUCAGUGGCAAGUGGUAUCACUUCUCCCUUGAUUCGAAGAACUGGACUGAGAGUAGAGAUAACUGUAUUACUCGGGGUGGAGACCUGGCCAUCAUUGAGAAUGAGGAGGAAAAGGGUUUCGUAUUAGCACAAGGAGCACAGUGGUGGGUUGGUCUAACAGACUCUGAGGAGGAGGGCACCUGGCUCUGGGUGGACAACACACCCCACACUGAUGAGAGGUUUACGCCAUGGGCAUACAAGCAGCCAGAUAACUGGAGCGGCGCAGCGGGAGACCCAGUGAAUGGCGAGGACUGUGGUUUACUGCAGUCGUCUGGCCUGAAUGACGUGACGUGCUUUAAAAAGUUUAAAAGCAUCUGUGGCUGGAACUGUAGGGUGUGAUAUCGACCGACAGGCACUCGCCGUCAUUUUGAGAAAUAAACCAACACUGUGAGAAUUACACAAGUGUACUUUCAGUAAAUGGAGUAAUAAUU